AAACUCUCCGACUGUGCCAGAAUUUUCACCAUUGUAAACUACUGUAAGGAAACAAUCUGGCCAGCCGUAACACCCGGCGAGAAUUUCAACGGCGGUGGCUUCACUCUCAAACCCGGCCAGACCAUCGUAUUCACCGCCCCCGUCGGCUGGACCGGCCGCAUUUGGGGUAGAACCGGCUGCAACUUCGACAGAAACGGCAACGGCUCAUGCCAGACCGGCGCCUGCGGCACAUCCUACAAGUGCAGCGCAUCAGGGAAGCCACCGGCCUCCCUAGCUGAGUUCACGCUAGCCGCUCUCGACUUCUACGACGUCAGUCUAGUUGACGGGUUCAACUUGCCCAUCGCGGUGACGCCCAUCAAUGGAAGGGGGAACUGCAGCGUCGCCGGUUGCGACACCGACUUACGGCCGAAUUGCCCGACGGAGCUGGCGGUGAAAGGCAACGGAGGAAGGAACGUGGCUUGUAGAAGCGCGUGUGAUGUGUUUAACACGGAUGAGUAUUGCUGUAGAGGGGUUUACGGGAAUCCGGUCACUUGCCAACCAACGUUUUACUCGAAAAGAUUCAAGCAAGCCUGCCCGGCGGCUUAUAGUUAUGCGUACGAUGAUCCCACCAGCAUUUUUACGUGUUCGGGGACUGACUACGUUGUUUCCUUCUGCUCUUCCAGGAAGCAACCUGUGUGUACAUAUCACAACAACAGAUUGAUGUGCGGAGGAUCAACGGGAUUGACAGCAAUAGGUGGGAAGUGGGGGAUGAUGGCUCUUGCUUUGAUCAUCACGACUGCUCUAUCCAAUAUUUGUUGAUCACUGAAUACAACAUAUCCAGUUCUUUCAGAGCAGAAGUUGGUGUGCUAGUUUUUUGAGCCAAUUCAAUCCAUAAGGGAAAACCCCAGAGAUUCAUUCAAGUAUAAACAUUUAUUCCGAAAGAAAUGUUCAUUUCUAUUUUUAAAUCGAGUAGCAUAAAAGUGUAGCUGCAAAUUCAUUUGUAGUUUUAUAAUCAAGAAAGAUACAGAAAAUAGAAAAAGUAUGGAUCUUUCUGGUUCGUUAAUGUGACAUGAUAUUAAUCCCAAAAUUUGGAAGGCUACUUUUAGCCUUGUAUGGAUUGACCGAUGGAUCAAUGUGAAGAGCAAUGCCUAUGAUUUUACA